UUUACUCCAAAAUAAUAAACCCAAUUACUUAGAUCAAAUUUCUCUUGCACAGUAAAAUCUGUUCAUGAAAUUCCCUUACCCAAAUGCAGGGCAAGUGCACCUCUGAUAUCAUCAUAUACCUCUUUGCCUUACUAUUCUAUUCCUUCUUCCCCACCUCUUGCUUCAAUGAAAAUUUCCAAAUUCACUUCCUUUUCUUUUUUCUUCCCUAUGCUAUUCAUCUACUUAUUAUUACCACAGAAUUCAAAGGUUGUAGAAGCAUGUUCAGCUGCUACAGAUUGUGGUACAGGCUACUAUUGUGGCCAUUGUCCUGGUUUAGGUAGGAAGACUCGAUCUGUUUGCACCAGAGGCCAAGCCACCCUUGUAACAUCCAUUGUAAAUGGGUUGCCCUUCAACAAAUACUCAUGGAUCAUGACACAUAAUUCAUUCAGUAUAAUGGAUGCACCCUCUUUGAAUGGAGUUCAAAGACUUACUUUUUAUAAUCAAGAAGACACUGUUACUAACCAAUUGAGGAAUGGAGUGAGAGGAUUGAUGUUGGAUAUGUAUGACUUCCAGAAUGAUAUUUGGCUAUGUCAUUCAUUUCAAGGACAAUGCUACAACUUCACCGCCUUUCAACCUGCAAUAAACACUUUGAAAGAAGUGGAAGCAUUUUUGACUGAAAAUCCAAUGGAGAUUGUUACCAUUGUAAUUGAAGACUAUGUGCGUACACCAAAGGCGUUGAUUAAUCUGUUCAUAAAUGCUGGUCUGGAUAAAUAUUUGUUCCCCGUGUCUGAUAUGCCAAAAAAUGGUGAAGAUUGGCCUACUAUAACACAGAUGGCUCAAGCAAAUCGCCGACUUCUUGUUUUCACUUCUGAUGCUUCAAAGGAAGCUGAAGAAGGAAUAGCUUAUCAGUGGAAGUACAUGAUUGAAAAUGAAUCUGGUGAUCCUGGAGUUCAACGCGGUUCUUGCCCACAUCGAAAAGAAUCGAAACCGUUAAAUUCAAAAACUGCGUCACUUUUCUUGCAGAAUUACUUUCCAACAACUCCAGUCGAAGCUGAAUCGUGCAAAGAAAAUUCAGCUCCACUUACAGAUAUGGUGAAUACAUGUUAUAAAACUGCAGGGAAUGUGCUGCCUAACUUCAUAGCAGUUAAUUUUUACAUGAGAAGUGACGGUGGUGGUGUUUUUGACAUUGUGGAUAGAAUAAAUGGCCAUGCAUUGUGCGGAUGCAGUACAGUCACUGCUUGCCAGGAAGGGGCACCUUUUGGAUCAUGCAAGAACAUUUCUGUACCAAGUACAAGUCCAAUGACCAACACUGCUGGGAGCUAUAAUGGUUAUGUUCAGUUUUCUGUUAGAUCAGCUUCACCUGUCCAUUCUCCCAAUAGUUUGCUUUUUCUCUUGUUUUACUUCCAGCUUACUGCAGUUAUGUUGCAAUUUCGAUGAGUAUUAUGUACAUAAUAUGCAAGCUAGGUCUGUCAAGAUGAGUUUCUGGUAUUGUCAUAUUUGCAUAUCAUAUGCGAUAUCAUCUCUUAAGAGGGGCUUCUAGUAUCUUAGCAUGUAUAAUGGAUUAUUGCCUCAAUCUAGAAAUGGCAUAUGGAACUGUUUAGACGUUAGAAAAUUAGGUAAAAAAAAAAAUUCAGCAUAGCUGAGGCUAUAAUCAAGAAUCUGAGAAGUUAUCCGAGGUAGAUAGGAACCAAGACCACGAAAGACCAAGAAUAUAUCAGGAACAUUUCAGGUAUGUUGUAUGGUUGGCAUUCUAGACGUGUACACAUCCUUUACUUAUCUGACGUCGCACAUGCUUAAUAUGGUUUUUGAUAAAAUAGUUGCAUAUGUAUUAAUAAUCGUCUCACUAAUAUUUGUAAUAUUUCCCCUUGUUGUCUUUCAGGUUUUGUACCAAGAAAUCACUAGUCAACAACAUUUAAAUGAUUUUGCAAUAUCAUGAUUGUUGUAAGCUCUUGAUAGAGUACAAAUUAGAAAGUUAUAAACCGCAACAUAAGGUUUUCUGUACAUUAUUCAAGAAAGAAUAUUGAUA